AUGAUGGAGAGAUUGGUUAAAGUUGAGAUACCUUCCUUUCUCGACGUCUUUGAUUUUGAUACUUGUAUGGAUUGUAUAAGAGGAAAGUUGACUAAAUCCACUACGAAAGGGUCCGCUAGGAGUGAUUUUAAUGUUGGGCAUAUUGUCGACCCUGUUACUUUUUAUCAAGUAUUGACAAGUCCUGAGUCACAUAAACUUUUUGAACUUCCUCCGGAUGCUAAAGCCAUAGAUAACAAGUGGAUCUUCAAAAGAAAAUUUGACUCAAAAGGGAAUGUUGAACGAAAGAAGGCGAGAUUGGUUGCAAAAGGGUUUACUCAACGAGAGGGCAUUGAUUAUAAUGAAACUUUUUCACCUGUUUCGUCCAAAGAUUCUUUUCGAAUUAUCAUGCUACUUGUGACACAUUAUAAUUUGGAACUUCAUCAUAUAGAUGUUAAGACGGUUUUUCUGAAUGGAGAUCUUUCAGAAAUGGUUUACAUGAGACAAUCUGAAGGUUUUGUUGUGAAGGGAAAAGAAAACUUGGUAUGCAAGUUAAAUAAAUCAUUAUAUGGCCUUAAACAGGCAUCACGACAGUGGUAUUUGAAGUUUGAGGAUGUUGUGACUUCUCUUGGUUUUGUUAAAAUAUAG